UGGGGCCCUGCCGCGUGGGUCAGCCCCGGGCCACCGCCCGCCGGGCUGUGGGCAGGGCCAGGCAGGGCUGCAGAGCCGUGUGUUUCCAGGGAGCGGCACCGAGGGGGCGUUGCCCCCGGCUUCCAGGUGGUGCACCUCAACGCGGUGACCGUGGACAACCGCCUGGACAACCUGCAGCUGGUGCCCUGGGGCUGGCGGCCGCGGGCCGAGGAGACGCCCAGCAAGCAGAGGGACCCUGUGGCUGGGCUCCGGGAGUUCAGCAUCUGUGGGCGCUGCCAGGCGGCGCGGUACUGCGGCCCUCGGUGCCAGCAGAAGGACUGGCCGGCGCACAAGAGGCACUGCCGGGAGAAGCGGCGGGCCUGCCCUCCGGAGCCGGAGCCGGAGCGGUGACCGGCGGCGGGCGGCGGAUCUGGACGUCUCGGACUUCUUAUUUAUAUGUUGAUAUGUUUGUAAACUCAUGUACAGUUUUCUGGGGGACAGUGGGUGGGUUAUAAACGACCAAGAGAAUCAUCUGCUGCGGCCCUCGCUGGCCAAGGUCACUGUGCUCGUCGGGCCCCUGGGCAGCGCAGCGGCCCCAAAGUCCUGCGGGGAAGUAAAGGGUGGACUUGGCUGCC